AUAAGGCCCAAUCCAGCUUGGCCCCAAGACUAUCAAAACAAAAGAGCCCAGCAAUUCAUAUAGGGAAAAGCUAGGGUUUCAUUUCUGCUGAUAACGAUAAAACAUAUUUUUUUCCCUGGUGAGCCGAGUGAAAAAGGAAAAGCGAAGAGGAGCAGCAAUGGUGAAGUUCCUGAAACCAAACAAGGCUGUCAUCAUCCUCCAGGGCCGCUACGCUGGUCGCAAGGCGGUGAUUGUCAAAUCCUUUGACGAAGGAACCCGCGAUCGCCCUUACGGCCACUGUUUGGUUGCAGGGAUUAAGAAAUACCCGAGGAAGGUUAUCCGCAAGGACUCUUCAAAGAAGACAGCCAAGAAAUCCCGCGUUAAAUGCUUCCUCAAGCUCGUGAAUUAUCAGCACGUGAUGCCUACGCGUUACGCUCUGGAUGUGGACUUGAAGGAUGUGGUAAAUGUCGACUCUCUUCAGAGCAAGGACAAGAAAGUCUCUGCUUGUAAGGCUACCAAGGAGAAGCUUGAGGAGAGGUUUAAGACCGGGAAAAACAGGUGGUUUUUCACAAAGUUAAGAUUUUGAGAUCUGGGUUGUUAUUAUUUUUGAAGAUUUUGAGGUUUAUUUAGUGUUUAAAGCUUUGUUUUAGGGUAAAAAUUGCAUCCGUUUUGUCAAUAAGAUAUUAUUGGGUUUUUGUUGUUACCAUUCUAGUUUUCUAUUAUAAUUUUGUUUGAUUUAAUGUCCACUUGGAAUUUAGCUCGUCUUUUUUUUUACUGCUAUUUGAUUGGUUUUUUUUAAUGGUUUCUCUUCUGCUAUUAUUUAUGUGCUUUUUUAAAAAAUGUGGAGCAUUAUCAAAUUUGGUUUUACCUUUAGAUAUAUUAUUAGCAUUGGUUGUGUUAAGCUAGUUUUAAAAGAUGGGACUUCUUUUGACUAGUGUUUCUUGAUUCUGUUCUCCCCAUUUAGGUUGAAAUGAAAGUAACCAUUGGUUUCUUGUGCUAGUGGUCCAUGAUUAUGGAUGUUUCAUGUUCUUCUCUUUCUGAUUUCGGACAAACGGUUAUCUUGACUGAUGUUUAUGAUUGUAAUUAUAGGAUUUGCCUAUUACAUCAGCGUCUGUGGUUUGUAACUACAGACCUGAGUUUAGAGAGCAAAUGAGUUUCCUAAGGUGUCUGUAAGACCCGAAGGAGCACAGCUACCGUUGCUUGUUUUCCUAUUAGUAGGACUGUCAUAUGGCCCAAUUCUUGUUACAACCCGUUUGCUACAAUUUUUGGAUAUUGGUCAAGGCCGCCAAUGCACAAACAAAAUGAUUCUGUAUCAUUUGCCAGUGAAUCUGCAUGUUUGAGUGGAAGUCCAUGUUGUUUGAACAAGGCUUCUGGUAUGGGGUCUAAUAAAAAUGGAGAAAAGAAUAAUCAUACCCUUGCAACCAGAGUCUAGUUACCUUCUGCUCUUUCUUUGAAUAAGCUUAGUAGCUUUCUUUCAUUCACUCUUCUAUGCACAGUAGCUCUCAUGUAAAUAUUUUCAACCCGUUUUUUUACCUGCCUAGCUUUUAGUUUACACUACUUCUAUAUAGACAAAAUUCAUAUACCAAAAAAAAAAA